AUGAUCGUCACCGGAUGCCACCCUGAAUGGGCUGAUGACUCAGUGCUCUCAGCUUACGAGGCUGCACUCGGGGACCCAGGGAUGUGCGCACCGGAAGGAUGUGUUACACCCUUUCAGUUCGGCGGCGCUUUUGCGACCUGCCUUGUCUUCCUCAUUGACAUGUUCAAAUACUAUGUGGCCCUUCUUUCGUCUGUGGCGCUCGCCAUUCGGACCUCUGCAUCUGCCAGCGUCCCAACCUCUGGCGUGAACAUCAUCAUGAAUGCCCUCCCGAACUCGACCUCAGCUCUUGAAAACGCCUUCAAGUCAGCGCAACCGGUCCUGGAGUCCGACUCAUCCAUAGUCCAAGCCUUCGCCUUCCACAUCACGGUCGAUAACGUGAAGAACAUCUCGUCCGACCUGUACGGCGUCGUUGCGACAUCUACGGCGACGGUUUCUACCUUGCCGGAUAUCGGCGAUGUCACUCCGCUAUUAAUAUUGACGAUGCCCGCGACGGUAUUGCCGUUCGACGUGCUCGCGUACAAGAUCAACAAUGUCACGCUCGAACUCACCAAGGCCGGAAUGGUGUAUAUCGAGGUGCAGCCGGAUCUUGUCGAUGAAGCCGUCAGCUUCCUCAAGGGUGAAUAUGCCGAUGCGGUGUACGCCGAGGAUAUUACGCACUGCUGGUACCUCUGGCAGACCGGCCCGACAUCCUUCGGCCUGUUCGCGGCAUGGCCCAGCGAGACUGAUCGCGAGGCCCAUCUCAAUGGGUACGGCGUUGCAUUGCUAAAUCAGGAAAUGCCGCAGUACGUCACGACGCAGAUGGAGUACCAACAAAUGGACAUUAUGGCGGAGAAGACGGAUGGUUAG